UCUCAUUGGCUGCCUCUCCCGCGCGGAGCCCGCCGGGAGGAGACCCCCGGCAGCGGGCGAGGGGAGCGCGGAGCCGCCGCCAUGUCCUUCAAGAGGGACGGCGACGACCCCGGACAGCUCGGGGCGCUGCAGAGGAGACGGGUGGCGGAGCUCUUGGCCAGCUUCAUCCCGGAGGAGGAGGCGGUGCUGCUGCGGAGCGGCCGGUACGCAUGCGCAGUGUGCCCCCACCGCCCCGUCUUCGACACGCUGGAGGUGCUGAGCGUGCACCGGGAGGGCAGGAAGCACCGGAGCAGCCUGCAGCGCUUCUAUGGCAGGAGGGGCUCAGUGCAGGACACGGCACAGAAGCCGCAGCCCAGGGAAGAGGAGCAGGCAGAGGGCUCCCCAGCCCCUCUGCUGGCACGGACCAGGAGGAUUGCCCAGAGCGCUCUGCUGAAGGCUGCUCCCUACAACAGCUGCUGCCGCAGGACGGGGGUGCAGGGAAGCGGCUCCCGAGCUCGGAUGGGGUCGGAUGCUGCCCUGGUGCUGCCGGAGCCGUCCCAGAAGGAGGGAGGAGCUGCUGUCAGCAGCACUGCAGCCCUGCUGCUGGGGCACCGUGCUGGGCUAGCAGCCCCCCCGGCAGUGACGCCUGCCCGGCUGCAGCCACACCGCAGGAGCAGAGCUCCCUCUGCCAUGGGGCAGCCCAAAGCCCUGAGCCCCGAGCGGCGCCAGGCCAUGGAGCAGUACCUGCGGCUGCGCAGCUCCGGAUGGAUCCGGGACUGCUCCGGCAAGUGGGUGAAGGAUGAGAACGCUGAGUUCGACUCUGACGAGGAGGAGCCCCCCCUGCUGUGAGAGCACCGAGGAGGAGCCCCCCCCGCUGUGAGAGCACCGAGGUGCCUUUGGACACUUGGACUCGACCUGUGCCCUUUCCGGGUGUCCCUGUCCUGGCCAGAGCCCUGCAGGCACCACCAGCCCAGCAGUGGGGCUGGGCCUGGCCCUGCCCCAUCCCCUCCGUCCCUGGCUCGGGUCCUGCUCAUUUUCUCACACACUGGCAGCUGCCUGUGGGUCGUGGCCUUUGGGGCAGCAGCGCUGGGUUCACCCCAUCCCCAGCAGCUGUCCCAGCGCCUCGGGCAGUGCCAGCACACGCUGCCGGCCCCAUUCCUGCUGGGCUCUGGGGUCUGCUGCUGCUCCCCCAUCAGGGUGCACCUAUGGGACCGGGGCUGUGCCCUGCGCUGGUGCCCACGACCCUGGGGCAGCACCCAGCUCCCACCCAAGGGGUCCUGUGGGGACGGGCCCUGUUCCUGGGGGUUUCCCUGCCAGUGCUGCCCAGGGUGAUGUUAGCUCCGGGCACUGGGAUUCACCCGCUCGCCCGGCUCAGGGCUAUAAACAGGUGGUGGAACCUA